GGGGAAGCAGGGGCGGGGGGCCCGGCUGCCUGGACGUGUGCGCCGCCGGAGCGAUGGGGGGCCCGGUCCGCCUCAGCCCUCCGCGGGCCCUGCUCCUCGGGGCGGCCUUAGGGGCCGCAGCUCACAUCGGCCCGGCGCCUGCCCCCGAGGACUGGUGGACGUACAAAGAUAAUCUCCAGGGAAGCUUCGUCCCAGGGCCGCCCUUCUGGGGCCUGGUGAACGCGGCCUGGAGCCUGUGUGCGGUGGGGAAGCGCCAGAGCCCCGUGGACGUGGAGCUGAAGAGGGUGCUCUACGACCCCUUCCUGCCUCCCCUGCGGCUCAGCACCGGCGGGGAGAAGCUUCGCGGGACUCUGUACAACACUGGACGCCACGUCUCCUUCCUGCCGGCCUCUAGGCCUGUGGUCAACGUGUCCGGGGGGCCCCUGCUCUACAGCCACCGGCUCAGCGAGCUCCGGCUGCUCUUUGGGGCGCGCGAUGGGGCCGGUUCCGAGCAUCAGAUCAACCACGAGAGCUUCUCAGCGGAGGUGCAGCUAAUCCACUUUAACCAAGAGCUCUAUGGGAACCUAAGCGCAGCCUCCCGGGGGCCCAAUGGACUGGCUGUCCUGGCGCUUUUCGUGAACGUCGCUGCCAAUUCCAACCCCUUCCUGAGCCGUCUCCUUAAUCGAGACACCAUCACCAGGAUCUCCUACAAAAACGAUGCCUACUUCGUGCAGGACCUGAACCUGGAGCAGCUGUUCCCGGAAUCUUUCGGCUUUAUCACCUACCAGGGCUCCCUGAGCACCCCGCCCUGCUCGGAGACCGUCACCUGGAUUCUCAUCGACCGCGCCCUCACCUCCCUGCAGAUGCACUCUUUGAGGCUCCUGAGCCAGAACCCGCCGUCCCAAAUCUUCCAGAGCCUCAGCGGCAAUGGGCGGCCCCUGCAGCCCCUGGCCCAUCGCGCUCUCCGUGGGAACCGGGACCCGCGGCACCCGGAGAGGCGCUGUCGGGGCCCCAACUACCGACUGCACGGUACGCCCUAGACCCAC